CACUUCCAUAUUUGGUAAAGCGUGCGGAAACUUCACUCUGAACUUUUAGUUACUGUUGCUGUGGAACCCCGGACAGGCCAUCACGGGCCCCCAGACAGCUGUGCGGCAGUUAUGAGCUCUACAGUAGUGGGCUCCUCGCUGCAGCUCGGCCCUGGCCCGAUGGAGGACGAGCGGGCCCCUCUCAGCGCGAGCGGCUCAGACGGAGACUCCGAGUCGGCGGAGGACGAGGAGUCCGGCUACAGGUGCAGGAGUACCGACAGGCAAGGAGGAGCACAGCGGCGCACCGGCCCCUCGGCUCCGGGCAUGAUGCGCACCGUUACCCCCGGGGUGGCGGGGGCCCGGCCGGGUAAAAAGACUCGGGGUAGGGUGAAAAUUAAAAUGGAGUUUAUUAAUAAUAAACUGAGACGAUACACCACCUUCAGCAAGAGGAAAACCGGCAUCAUGAAGAAGGCGUACGAGCUGUCGACCCUCACAGGCACCCAGGUCCUGCUCCUGGUGGCCAGUGAGACGGGACACGUGUACACGUUCGCCACACGGAAGCUGCAGCCCAUGAUCACGAGUGAGACGGGUAAGGCGCUCAUACAGACCUGCCUCAACUCCCCCGACUCUCCGCCGCGCCCCGACUACGCCGUCGACCAGAGGAUGAGCGCCACCGGCUUCGAGGAGACCGACAUCACUUACCAGGUCCUGGAGAACGAGGCCAGUGCUGAGGACAAGGAAGGGAUGAAUCCGGGGAACGCUGGCGUAACGGAUAGCGGUUCUAACGUAGAGACGCGGGGUUCCACGUCUUCCGUCGUGCAGAUGGGCAGCAGUGCGUCCCCGCUCUCCUGCUGGUCAGUGUCUAAUGGUACGCUGGUGAAAGCGUCCAGCUCGGCCCCCGGAGUCGUACAGCUUCCCAGCGGCUUCGCUCUCAUGCACGGUGCAGCGAUGCCUCAUCAAUCAGCCGAGAGCAGUGAAGUACAGAACUGCAGCAGCGCAGCCGUUCCUCAGAUGUUUCUCACUUCUCCUAACGGAACAGUACAAAUUCCUCUUUCUGCAGUUCCACUGCAUUCAAUGUUAUUAAAUCAGCAGACACCUGGUGGCAGCAGCACCCACGCACCCAUGCUAACCGAGCUACGUGUGGUCAACCUGGACAAUCCUAAAGACUAACACACACACACACACAGAUUUAAAUAUGACAAAAUGUUCAUCAGACGACCACCAGCUUCACCAGGAUUGUAUUAUUGUGAGGACUUCUGUGUGCAUCUGCAUCUCUCUCCUACCUUCCUUAUCAUACCAUAUUGCUGACAGGAUAAGGAAGACCAAGAAUUAUAUCAUGUGGUUCAAAUUAAAUGCAUUUCCCUUUCAA